GGACGUAAGGCGCAUGAGCGCGAACGUAAGAUCAUGCUCUCCUCCAUCAGGAAAUUGAAAGUCGAAGUCGAAGAGGGUUGGAGUAGGAUGAUCAGACUCAAAGAAAAAUAUGAAGGACCUAGUUUCCCUCAGCUCGAAUCAGGCCGAAGUUCGGCGAGUAAGAUCUAUCAAACCGACGAGAGUUUCGAGAGCGUUUAUCGGCCGAGUUCGCGCCGAGUUUCCUUAGAACCCCCGUCCGAUCAUCAUCAGCAUCAUCAUCAACAUCAUCAUCAUCAUCCCGCGGGCGCCUCGACGAACUUGGGACGAAGGCCCUCCUCGGCUCAUUUAAAUUGCCCCGGUCAUCCUACUACUAUCAAUGGCCAUCCUGGAAACGAGCCCGCUUUGCUCAGGAAACCUUCCUCGAUCGCACCCAGACCCAGAUCCGCUUCUAUCCUUAAAAACCCCCUCGAUGGACCCAGCUCCAGAACUCGUCGCACUUCUUUUAGUUGAUCUUUUCUCGUUAUUAUAUAUUAACUUCUCCGCCCCCCCCACCCCC